AUGUCACUUGCAGGAAACCGCACGCUCGCAAUUUUGCGGAAGGCGGAGGACGAAAAAUAUGGGAUAUUGGCACAGACUUGCUAUGACGCGAACUGCGUGAUUGGCCUCGUCCGCGCCGCAGAGCGCUGUCGCAGCCCGGCCAUCAUCCAGAUGUUUCCUAUCACCCUUGCUUUCGGCAAGGGGCCCUGGCUGCAGUUUUGUCUCAACGCCGCCCACCAAGCGUCCGUACCCAUCGCCGUCAAUCUCGACCAUGCGACUGACCCUGAGCACCUCGAGCUUGCGCUCUCCCUCGCGGAACAAGGCAUCGCAUUCGACAGUAUCAUGGUAGAUGCCAGUCAUGCACAAACCGACGAAGAGAACAUCGCGCUCGCGCGCCCGUACGUCGAGAGGGCGGAAAAGCUUGGUGUCGCGGUCGAGGUCGAGCUAGGACGUCUUGAAGGGGGGGAAGCAGGCCUCCGCAUGAUAUCCGACGCAAAGCUCACUAGGCCUGAGGGGGCGCGCGCGUUCAUGGAAGGCACUGGCGCACGCAUACUGGCACCAAGUAUCGGGAACUUGCAUGGCUCCUACAUCAACGGGCCCAAGUUCCGACAAGACAUCCUGAAGGAUCUGCAGCAGACAUUCAAGGGCGCCAUCCCGUUAUGUCUGCACGGCACGGACGAGCUUCCGGAUGAUCUGUUUAGGGAGUGCAUCGCGAACGGCAUAUCCAAGAUCAACAUCAAUAGUUGGGGUAGAGACCCGUACGCAAAGAAGCUCGCUGAGGGAUUGCAAACAAAGACGUUUCCGGAGGCGGUCGAUGAUGCGACGAAGGUGUUUGAGGAUGUCUGCGAGCGAUUCUUCAAUCUAUUUGGCUCCGUAGGAAAGGCGUGAGUAACCGAGGUGGCC